CAAAGCUUCAACACUACUGUUGGAGGAAGGGGAGGAGGAAGAGCUGCUGGAUCAUCCUCAUAAAAAGACACAGCAGCCGUUUGAACGACAUGUCUCCAGUCAGAUAUUUCAUCUUAUUAACUUUUCUAAUUUCGUGUCACUUUCGAUCAUCGCGAGCUAAACGGAUAUUCAAAUGUCCUUCAGGCUGCACUUGCGCAACUGACUCCAUUAUCUGCAUUGGAUCAUCUUUGAUCCCCAGGACCAUUCCAAGUGACGUCAACUCUCUGAGUAUUGUCAAUGGCAGUUUCCCAGAAAUAAAGCAAGCAAUGUUCUCCCUCAUGCCAUCGCUGCAGUUACUACUCCUUAAUGCAAACUCCCUCACCAGCAUAAGGGAAGAUGCAUUCUCAGGCCUUCCUCACCUUGAGUAUUUGUUUAUUGAGGGGAACAAGAUAGAAGAGAUCAACAAAUAUGCCUUCAGAGGACUCCGUGAUGUUACACAUCUGUCCUUGGCAAACAACAACAUGAAAAACCUUCCCAAAGGCCUGUUUUCUGAUUUGCACUCUUUGAUAGAACUAGACUUACGAGGGAACCUGUUUCAGUGUGACUGCCAAGCCAUGUGGCUAAUGCUGUGGCUGAAAAGGUCAAAUGCCACAGUCUCAGAUGUCUACUGUGCUGGACCAGUGGACAUGAAAGGUGUUCUGCUGAAGGACGUCCCUGCGAAACACACAACGUGUGUCUCUAUUGAUUUUAUUCCUCACCAAACCAUCAACACCCAGUCCAUGUCAGCAGACAUCUUCUCCUAUAAAGAAGACAUCUAUGUUGCUAUGGCAGUCCCAAACUCAGACAGCUGCAUAAUCAUGGAGUGGGAUCACGUCGAAACCAAAUUCAGGCCUUUUGAUAGCAUUACAGGACGAUCCAUCAUUGGUUGCAGGUCUGUGCUGAUCGGCGAGCAGGCAUUCAUUAUUGUCACUCAACUCUUUGAUGGUUCCCACAUUUACAAAUUUGAUCAAGAGCAGAAUAAGUUCACCAAGUUCCAAACAGUCGAAAUGCUAAAUGUCUCCAAGCCGAACGAUAUUGAAGUCUUUAAAAUUGGGGAUGAGUGGUUCUUACUGAUUGUUGAUAGUUCCAAAGCAGGCAUGUCCACUCUGUUCAAGUGGAAUGACACUGGAUUCUUCCCACACCAGUUCCUUCAUGAGUGGUUCCGUGACACUGAUGUUGAAUUUGUUGAUUUGGACGGCAAGUCUAUUCUUAUUCUAGUGAGUCGUUCCCAAGUCCCUGUCAUCUACCACUGGAACAAAAGCACCCAGAUGUUUGUCCGCUUUGAUGAGAUACCAAACAUGGACGACAUGGUCAGUGUGAAGGCCUUUAGAAUCAAUAAUGUCCUCUACUUGGCACUGGCCUGUUACAUUGGAGAUUCAAAAGUCCUGAAGUGGACAGGCAGGCAUUUUGAGGAAGUGCAGGGCCUUCCCUCACGUGGGGCCAUGGUCCUUCAGCCUUUCAGCUUCAAAAACCAUAACUAUCUAAUUCUGAGCAGUGACUACUCCUUCUCUGAAAUCUACAGGUGGGACGAGGAGAAGCUGAUUUUUGUCAAGUUCAGGGAAGUGUAUGUUCAGUGGCCACGUUCUUUUACGCCACUGUCAACAGGUCAGCGUGAUUUCUUUCUCGCCACCAGCUUCAAGGGAAAAACAAAGGUUUUUGAACAUGUUUUAGUUGAUUACAGUCGAUGAAACUGUAGUCUGAAAGUAUGUGACAUCAGAACACCAAAUCAGUCUUUCCUCACUGAAUAUGAAUAUCUAUGCAUUUAGCCCUGUCUUGGCCUAAAUAUUAACCAGUGCAAUGUUAUUUUAACAACACGGUUGUCUGGCCUUUCAUUUUCAUUUCGCUUGGAAGAGUCAUAACAUGGUGCAUGUUUCUUAUUUACAAUUAUGCAAAUAUUUUUACAUUUAUACAGCAUUUUUUAUUAUACUACAAAUAACUCAUUCAGGCUGUUUC